AGGUGCAUGUAAAUUGACUUUACGUUGUUGAUCAUUAAGAAAUCCAUUAAAAAUUGAACCAUGAUUGAUUAUGCUGCAGAGAUAAAACGUCAUAUAAUUGCAAUCAAAUUUGCCUCGUGACAGUUGCUUCUCGGAGAAACCAACCAUGCUGUCUUCACAGGAAAUUGACGACGUCGAGGCCCUAAUCAAAGAGGGUAGCAGCCAGAUCUCCAAACAAAACAUCAAAAAGGCAAUCAAGAAGUAUCAAGAAGCGUACGACAUUGCUGAAAAGUCAGGAAAACCUGAUGUUCUUGUAUCCUGUGCUUGUAAUCUGGGUGCAGCAUUGAUAUCGCAGGGUGACUCCGACCAAGCUAUCAAAUGUUUAACAAGGGCUCUUAAGGAUACGGAAUCGGAUAAAAAUCAAACUGACAAUCUCUUUGGAGAUGUGCAUUUCAAUCUCGGACUCGCUUAUUCGAUGAAGGAUGACCACAGCAGUGCAGUUAGACACUUCAAAAUUGCCGCAGAUGUGUUUCAUGGCUGUUCUGAUUUUAAGGGACUGGCUGACUCGUGGCAACAACUCGGAGAGCAGCAUGUGAAGCUCGCUCAACCUCUGAAGGCUUCAGAGUGCUAUAAGAAAGCUUCCGACGGCUAUCUUGAUGCCCACUAUGUUUUCUUGGCGGCUAAGAUGAGGGUACGUGAGGCGCUGAGUCUUUACAACGGAGGAAACAUGGAGGAGAGUCUCAGUGUACUUCUAAACUUUAGAAAGCUGUAUUCACAGAUUCCAGACAGGAAUACUGAAACAGGAAAAUUAGUGAAACUACUUUAUGAUGUCGGGUCCCUACUGAACCAGCUUCGAUCACCGGAGCAUGCUGCCUCAUGGUUAGAACAGGCCCUCGUCAUCGUAAGGACGCUACGAAGCAGUGGCAGUGGAAACGACAAAGUAGAAGCUAGGAUUCUACUCACCCUAGGGGAAGUCUGCAUUGCUCUGAGUGAUUAUACAAAUGCUGUGACGAUCAAUAAAGAAGCCUCGGCCAUUUUUGGGAGACUGGACAACAAGAAAGCUCGAGGGCAGUGUUUCUACCAGCUUGCCGAGGCAUACAGGCAUCUCGGGGAUCAUCACAAUGCAGAGAAAUACUAUCACAUUGCUUAUCAGACAUUGGAGGAUGCAGGUCUACAGAGUUCCCUGUGGCAGGUGUUUGAAGGAUUAGCGGAUCUGAAUUACCAACGUCGUCAGCUGGAUACGUCUAUCUCGUACUACAAGGAGAGCUUGAGUCAACUCAAACAGAGGGGUGCACACCACACAGUGCACAAACAAAUCGUCUCCAAGCUUGCCACUGCACUUGAGAUACAACGAGCUGGCGUGGUCAAGGCAGUGUCGUACAAGAACCGUGAGCCUGUGUUAAUUCACCAAAACCAGGAUGAGCAACAAGAACAAUCCAUGUCCUUCCAGAGUGGUCUACCUGACAUCUCACUAGUCCACUCCCCAACCUACGCACCCCUGACCUCUACCAGACUGAGUCUGUAUGCGGCAAACGUCGAGCAACAAUUUAAUCUAGAUGUACCCGGAAAAAAGAAGAAGAAACAUCAUGGUCGUCAUGGUCGAAGGCGCAGUGGUUCAUUUGACAAGCCCGUGUCUAAGGGAGUUGGUGAAUACGACACAGAGACGGACAUUUCCAUCGUCAACGGCAAAAGGGCAAAGAUGUCCAGAAGAGUGAAGACUCCACGGCCAAAGUCCAUUCAAAGAAGGAGUGGAACGGGUCUACAGAACUCCAAAGUACUCCAAGGUUUGGAUGUGGAGGAGGAAGGAGCUGCUCCCUUGACAUCAAGUGUUGAUGAUUCCACACAGAUGGACCAGUCCUCACCAGGUUCCUACAAGGGACUCAAUAUGUCCACCUUUUCCGACGACGACGACCUCACCCCCCGAAGAGGGCGCUCUGCAAGUCAGACAUGCGUGCCGUCAGUGGUUUCAUCCAGUGAAGAAAGUGACUCCUUUACUGAGAUCUCCAGUGAUGACGAUUUGUCGGGAAGUUCUGAGGAUUACAGUAUGGAAGAUUCUCACCAGGAGUUAAGGUUCUUGGACCAAAAUCCAGGCUCUAGGAUGGGAAACACCUAUGAGCACCCAUCGACAGAUGAGCCCCUAUACGCUUCAAUCAAAUCAAAGCAAUCAUCAGUGGGUCAACAUGAAGAGAAACUCUAUGAGACACUCAACAGUACUGCAUCCACAGCAGUCCUUACCUCAUCAAUGCCUCACAGGACGGCACCCUUACCUCCUAGCCCACCAGAGCCCCCUAGGGCACCCAGACCCUCACAGAAAGUCACCCUUCCACCCGAUGAGGAGGAGCCCCGUCCGGGCGUGUCGUCAUGGAGUGGCACCCACUACCCAGAGUCCACGGUCCUGAAAGGGAUGAGUAGAGGUCAAAGAGAAAUGGGCCUGUACCAAGUGGCUCAAUUAGCGCAAGAGAGAGAAGUAAACCAGUCAUGUAGAAGCAGUAUGUCAUCGGUUACCAGUGACGCCAAGGUCCCAAAAUCCAAAGCCUGCAUUGUCAUGUAAACGCUUACCCUUCAAGCAGUUUCUCAAGCCGCAUCAUGUAAUGCUGACGUAACUUUAUUUAUGUUCCACUGUGAUGUCUCACUGCAGUCAAUCUAGUCUUGGUGCAAGACAUUCUUGUUUGAGUUGGUUAACCUCUAUAGUAAUACCAUAGGCCCCAUACGCCCAAUGCUACACAUGUCGCAACUAUUCCACCGAUGGAAGGUGUUUCUGUAAGCCGUGAUCAUGCCAGCUGAAUUUUGUUUUGGACGUGGUAUGGUGGGGUGAUCUGGACGUUUUCCAACAGCGCCUGUUAUCGCUCGAUGGUAAUGUGCGCGGCGAGGAGAAGUGGAGCGGGGGAUUUCGCGAUAGUUGAUAGUUCGCAACUGUUGAAUGAGGUGCAUGCUGGUCUAGCUAGAGAUCAAACUUGAUCGCUAGCUAGACCAGCAUGCACCUCAUUCCACGCCUAAUGUACACGUACCUUGGGAUAAGGUCUAUAUGAUGACGCUGAUGAGCGAGUGGGAUAUAUCUGACGCAGACACGCUAUUUUUUCCCUAUUCCAUGGACAUGCGACUUUUGCAUGUGAUUUUUCAACAAACUUGACACAAAGCUUAAGGUUUUUCAGUAAUUUUCAAACUGUUGAUGGUAGUCAGGACACCCAAGUUCUUGAUCAUUGUGGCUGUGCACAUGUGUAAAAAUAGUUCUUGAUCAUUGUGGCUGUGCACAUGUGUAAAAAUAGUUCUUGAUCAUUGUGGCUGUGCACAUGUGUAAAAAUAGUUCUUGAUCAUUGUGGCUGUGCACAUGUGUAAAAAUAGUUCUUGAUCAUUGUGGCUGUGCACAUGUGUAAAAAUUAUGCAAUAAAAAAAUGCUCUGUGGCAAAGGAAUCGUUACGUAUGAGCUGAACUGCAACAUUCCAGCAAUCGAAUAGGGAUACGUGUUCCUCAACCAGUCCCACCAGCUGUAUUGUUAUUUUUACAAAUGAAAUUUUUCUUGUUAUUUUCUUUAUGUGUUGAAAUAUUUUUCUUACUGCGAUCUAUAUGCAAAGUUUGAGGCUUUAAGUCUUGUACAAAAAUUGGCUGCCUGUAGCUUUUUAUAUGCUUGUUCUGUUGUUAUAUAAUUGUAGUGUUGUUUUUUAUUCCACCUAUUUGCCUUCUAGAAAGACUUUGCUAGGGUCUAAACAUCAGGCCAUUUUAAUACUUAGAACUAUGUUCUGUUUUUUAAUUCUUGAAUAGAUUUGAAUACAUCUUUCAAACUAUGCCGUUUUUCCAGCCAUUAAUGUACAUGUACAUGUAAUAUGGCCAUUUUAACAUUGUGUCACAAUCCAACAUUUCUUCUACUUGAGUUGAAAACAUGUGUAAUUGUUCAUUGUUCCUUAAACUUUGUCUAAAUAAUUGUGCAGCAAAUGAUAUUUUCAAACCGUUCGUGUUUUCUUUUCCCUUUUCAAAGGAAUAAAAUCGAAUUUAUAAAUGUGUCACUUACAUUCCAAAAUCCUUCUAUAUCCAAUUGGCAAAGUGAAGUAUUCAUUAGGACUUGGGUCAGUAGACCUAAAUUUUAAGUGCAUAUCACUAUCAGGAUUCUCCCUUAACAGUGGUCCGCUAGCCAAAAGUUAAAACACCCGAUGACCAGUCAAAAUUCACUCAAAGUGGUGCAACGGGCUAGUUUGAAUCAUGGCCAGUUUUAAUUUCCCCAGUGUGGGAUAAUAAAGUUCUUAUCUUAUCUUAUCUUAUCUUAGUUCAAGCACCUUUUUUUUUCAUUUGAAAUAAUUAUGAACUGGUGAAACAGAAAACGAACUUACCUUUGAUUUUUUAUAAAAAGUUCAUGUAGCUGUGUUUUUAGCUGUUAAUUUCCAUGAUUCCUUGUUAAUAUUUUGUACAGAAAUCAAAUUAAUUUUAUUACAGAGAACAUUAUGUACUUUGUAAAAAACGGGCUGUGCCGAAGUAGUUCAUCAUGUUUAUGUAUAACCAGAGGAUCUUCAGUGAAUAUGGCUUGGCUUGCCAAUUUCAGUCAUUGUACUUAAAAUAAAAGCUUUGUAUAUUUCUUGUUUCAGUAGUUAAAUAUCACUUUCAACCUUUUUGACUCUGAAAAUUUAUAAUAUUAUAUCAAAACUAUUUACUUCUUGUUUCCAUGUGUGUUGUGUCUGUUUAGUGGACAGUUUAUCAGGUUAAGUGUGGAGCAAGCUGCGAUCAAUUACAUUAGCUUUUCUUUCUUUACUUGGAAAAAUGGUUAGUUGACUAACUGCAACCAAAAACUGGUGCUGGCUCGUCUUAUUAGUAAACCAUUGGAAGGAAUAGUGGGAACCUGACUGACUUAUCACAGUGUGAUGGAUUAACCAUGGUUUAACUGGAGCUAACUAGAGUUUAACCACGAGUAACAGGCAUAUUUCAGUAACAUGGGAACUGAAAUAAACCAUAGAUUAACCGAAGCAGUCAUACUUGCUCGUAGUUUACAUGAGUUUAAGAAAAGAUUUCUAACUGUAAACAUUUGUAUUUGUUAAUUGUUCGUCAAAGCUUUGUCUAAAUAAUUAUUUCAUCAAAUGAUAUCUUUAAAUGGUUUGUGUUUCCUUUUCAAAAGAAUUUAUUAAUAGUAUUAAAUUACAACAAGAUAAAUGGGUGAAGUAUUAAGAAUAACUCGCAAGACAAUCAAUGUAAUUUUUGAACAUAUGAGAAGAAGAAAAGUUCUCUCUAAAAUAUCUGAACAAGUAAUAACCCUCAAGGUAAACUGACUGGGUGAAUUUUUUUAUAAUUUGGGUUAAACAAAGAAACCAUUAACCAGAUUGAGACUUCACACUGCGUCCUCUGGAUUAACAUGCCACGCCAUACCAACAGACAUAUCUAGCAUUAGUAUUUGCAGUCUACCUAUUUUGUCACUAUCAUUGUCUGAUGAAGAGAAUCAGUUACUGCCAUUUACAUGUAUUGCAUAACCAGGGAUCACACCUAAGUUUACAAAAUACUACUUGGGACGUGGCAGGAGAGGAAUCACCUUCAUAACAUGGAAACAAAGAUGGUCACCUUAUUUAAGCUUCUCUAAUCAUCCCUUUAGAGACAACAAUCAUUUACAAGAAUCAACAGUACAAUUGGGAUUGUUUUGUGUACUUUAUUAGACUUCUCUUUAUCUGGUGGCAAUAAAAUAUCAAUAAAAUAUCAAUUUGGUGACAUAUUUAAGUGUAUUCCUGGUCUAAUUUGUAAAUAUCUAUUGCACAUGUGUAAUUAAAACAUUAACUCCUAUAUCCACUCACCAUACUAGCAUAAAAUUCGGAUUCAUCCUCUCAUUAUUCACAACUCUUUUUAGUUCUAGUUGGUCAGAGGCAUGUUACAUUUUUACAUGGAUUUCUUAAGUGACACAUAAUAACACAAAGAUGUAAUGGUAAUGCACUGUAAGUACAUUGUUACUCAUUUUGCAUAGGAAGAGGGUCCAAUUUCAUGUCACUGCUAAGCAGUGUUGUAGGUCUCUAGCCGAUCUUGGUCUCGGACUAUCGGAUCUUGACUACAACACUGCUGCUUAGCACUAAAUUUGGCAUUUACGGUGCCCUGCGAUGCGCAUGAUUCUAUGGGCUGUAAGAUCAGAAUUCGACAAAAGGCUGCACCAUGAACUUGGGCCCAGAUCUUGGGAAAGCUGUGCUGUUUACCUACAAGAAGUUGUGUCAAUGCGACUGUAGACUGGCUUGCACAAAGGGAACAAAAUCACACCUAAACCUGGCCUUUUGCCAAGGCCUUCGCACCACAGAGGAGCGACUGUAAAAGGAGACCAAGCGAGGGAGUUAUAUGGUGAGUGCAUUGUCUCCCGUUACAGAUGCUUGCGACCGCAGCUAUCCAAACCACGUAGGCCUUGACAAAAGUCUAACCUAAACCCAACAUGGUUUACUAGGAGCCUACCCACUACCCAGAUUCAGUCACAGUUCAGUAGGUUUACAGACUCUGUGCAUCACCCGAAAGACAAAACUACAGGUUGGACAUACUGUGGACAAUUUCUCUCUCACUUCGGUGAUUGCUUUACUCCUUUCAAGAAAAUGUUAAUGCUCAAAGGAGUUUUUGAGAAAAACCUGAAAUCAGGAAUUAUUUUGAGAAAUCAUGCUAAAAAAUACAUUUCUUUACCCCCGAUUAACAUCAAUUAAAUCUACACGUAGUGUUAUUUAAGGUUGACAUUCAACCAAUACCUACAGAGCUCAAUGUACCAACUUGUAUCACCACACUGCUGUCUCUCAAACUAAAUAUAUAUACAGUAUCUCAAAUCCGACAAAUCAUCAGCUAACUGUAAAAUGCUUCUCCACUCUUUACGAACUGUAUACUGUACAUGAUUUAUCUUAAGAAGCGAAUAAAAAGACAAAAAGUCUAUAAUUUGUUGUUACCCUUAUACCGAUGUGCUCAGUACUUUCCAGAGUUCUGUGAAAGAAAAAAAAAAUCCACAGCGAUUCGAACCCAUGACCUUUGCACUCCUAGAGCAGAUGUCCUACCAAUCGACCACAGAGCUAGCCCGGUGGCUAGAGGCAGGUCAAAUCCUAUGUGUCGGGUAAAACCAAUUUAUAUUCUUUAUCCCUGAUGCACAUGGAACAUAUUUAAAAAGUGUUCAACAAAAGGGCCUACCUAGAAUGUACAAACUAAAGUAAAAUAAAUACUACUUACAAUGUGGAAUCUCAACUAAAAUUUACAAAUACAUCAACAAAAUUCAUAAAAGUCCAAGAUACACACUUAGUUGGACUUGCCGGUGCGUUUGUUUACAGUAUACUAUACAUCUGAUGUAUUUACUUAAUUUAAAACAUGUUGCUUUGUUGACAAGUAUCUACAAUUGCCUCAUUACCUAAAUGAAAAAUGCACCUCCAACUGUUUAUUUUGUUCCACAGAAAAUAAUCUUUACAACUGUAUGCAACUCUUGCACAUGUAAAUGAUCCAUAGAAAUGUAUAACGUCACAUUCACGAUUCUCAAAGUUUUUACAUUUCAUUCCCCAGCCCUUUCAAAAAGAUUAUUUGCCAUCAAAAGAAAACAUUUAAAAUAAAAUAAAAAAUAAAAAUUUGACUUCAAUUUUGUAAAGGGUGGGAAACACAGCAAAACAAAAUGCUGAAAAGUAAUUCUGUUGAAGUUCCAUUUAUAAACCAUACUGAAUCCAGUUUUAAAAAACAUUGUUUUAAGAUCAAAAAUGGCAAGAGUAUCAUGACAAAUCACCCCCAAAACGAACUUAGUUAUGCCUAGACGAUAAUUGGUUAUUCAUUAUCUAUUUUUCUUUGGUGAUUUUCAUAUGCUGUGACAAUAUAAGCACACGCUUUGGUCGGGGUAAGAACCAAUGUCAUUUGUGACUGACAAUAGACUGUGCAAGUCUCACGCAUAUUUGAACUAUCAAGACCAAGUAAGUCUCAUCCUUAUUGAGUUUUACAUAUGAGCAAUUCUGUUUCUUAAAAAAUGAUUUCAUAUUGUUGGGAAAGUAAGAUUUUAGCCAUGAAAUAUACGAAGGUAAAAUAGGCUAGGACACUCAACAAGGAGUUUGUGGAGGUUCUUAAUUACAGAGACAAAGGAAAAAAAAUAUUGUCAAAUCAUGAGGAACUUUCCCACUUGGGGUUCUAUGCAUUGAAUUGUUAAAAUAAAAUUGAGUUGGCUGCUGUAAUAUGUUAUUUCAAGGCAAGGCAAGAUACAAUCACUUAAUGUUCUGUCAACUUCUAGAAUUUGUUCAUAAUACUUUCUCUUAUUAAAGCUUGAAUCUUUUAUUGAGUUUUUCUAAACAUCAUGAGGGUUGUACGUUGAUCAGUAACUGUGCAAAUUACUCACUAAGCGAGUUCUCAAAAAUAACUCAAUGUGAGCUCUCGAAAUUCUUAUCGGAUAAUGUUGAAAUCAAGUUUAUUUUUCCUCAUACACCUUUCUGACAGAAAUGUGUGUAGCCCGCUUGAAUGCAACGCCAUCUAUCAUGUUGCGUUGUUAACAACGUUUUUUUUUUCCAGAACCACCACUACUCAAAAGAGAUUUACACAUUGUGCUACCGCUAACUUACCAUAAUCCCACCAUGCAAAGUUUCAAAUCCUACUUGACAUCAUCUAUCACCUUGAAC